CACGCAUUCCAGCCUGUGGAGCAGAAACCCGCUGCCCAAGCGAUGGUCGCAUGAUAAAGAGGCAUGGCAAACACGUCAAGUUGCUCAUGCGUAUAAUUGUACCGACCUCGGCAAUAAUUGCUGCGAAAGUUGCGUAGCCGGUCGCCGAAGACGGAGGCGGGGUGUUCUGGUUGGAUUGCAUCUUCAGCAAUUCAGUUCCUCUUCAGCCACUGUAUCACACAGACCAAGCUCGAUUGGUCGUCAUUGGAGUCAUAUUCUAAUUCCAGCAAAACAACAAUGCCUGCAAACAAUGUGAAUGGUUCUACGGUGAACCCUCCGGCCACGCAUGGCAAGAUAUUGGUCCUACCAGGUGACCAUGUCGGCCCCGAAGUCGUCACUGAAGCAUUGAAAGUUCUCGAUAUUGUUGAAGAGGCCACGGGAGCUCGAUUCGAGCGAGAUUUCGAUCUCUGCGGUGGCUGCUCACUCGAUAAGCACAAAGAUUCCGUGACGGAAGAAGUACUUCGAAAGUGCGAGAGUGUCGAUGCCGUGUUCUUCGGUUCCGCAGGAGGUCCCGAAUGGGGGACAGCUCAGCCGAACCCAGAAAGUGGGCUGCUUCGGAUUCGAAAGAGGAUGCAGAUUUUCGCCAAUCUUCGACCCUGCAAAUUUGCUUCAAAAACCAUGGUCGACUGGUCGCCUAUCAAGCGCGAGGUCAUUGAGGGCGUAGAUUUCAUGUUGAUCCGAGAGAACUGCGGCGGGGCGUAUUACGGGAACAAGAUCGAGGAGUCCGAUUAUGGAUGCGAUCCGUGGGAGUACUCAAGACCGGAAAUCGAGCGUGUUGCUCGUGUCGCAGGCGCACUCGCACUGCAGACGGAUCCGCCCAGGCCAGUCUUCAGCGCUGACAAGGCCAACGUGCUCGCCAGCUCGCGAGUAUGGCGCCGAGUCGUGACCGAGGUGUUCGAAAAAGAGUUUCCCACAGUGAAGCUGCAACACCAGUUGGCCGAUUCCCUAGCGAUGUUGUUCAUUACCAAGCCAACCGCCUUCAAUGGAGUGAUUGUGACCGACAACACAUUUGGCGACAUCCUGUCAGAUGAAUCGGGAGGCUUGACGGGAAGUCUCGGCUUGCUACCCAGUGCAAGUCUUGCGGGCGCCCCAGGCACCAACGUAGGGCAGAAUAGUGUCGGCGGAGUGGUCGGUCUUUACGAGCCUGUGCAUGGGUCCGCACCAGACAUUUCAGGAAAAGGUCUUGCGAAUCCUGUGGCUCAGGUGCUGAGUCUGGCGAUGAUGUUGCGGUAUUCGUUCAACAUGCACCGCGAGGCGGAUGCCAUCGAAGAGGCAAUCGCGAAGGUGCUCGACUCGAAGAAAGACGGCGGGCAAGAGAUCAGGACGGGCGACCUGGGUGGCAAGGCGACCACCGCAAUCAUGAGUGAGGCCAUCCAAACAGAGGUCCGGCGCGCACUCAGCGCACAGAAGUGACCGGGUGGCGUAAUUUAAUGUUAAUAUUUCAUAUGUCCAAUGAACAAAAGUCGAUCGUUUCCAGUCUUUUCUCGGUGUGCUCAGUGUCUGUUUCUGUGUCUGCUAGGCGCGUCUCGACGCGUUCCAUGCUGCGGAUCCAUCGGAGCGUUGAUCUGGGGCCACGCUGGCAUUGAUGACUGUCGGAGUCUCCGAAGCAGCUCGUGGGGAUCAUCUCGUGGAAGCGGGGAUGUCGUGGCAAGCAUGGGAGCUGAGGACGGCGAUGUCGUGGUCAGCCAGGAAAAUGCACGCUCCUGUUGUGGAAGGCGAGCAUGGCCGGCUUGGCGUCGGACCAACCGUGCAGGUGCAGGUGCAGGCGCGGUCCAGAGCAGCCGAGGGAGAAGGAGCACGACGCGCGUGUGACAGGUGCAGCCGCACACCUGAAGCCAUGCGCCGCGAAACCGCUCUUA